GGACUCGCGUUUCGCGUUCAUUGCUAUUCUAGCCGUGUACGUUAUUUCUACGCUUCAAUGGCUGUCGUCCUGCAGACACACCGAGGAUUUGUGAUCCACGCGUGGAAGAAUGACUAAUCUCAUGCUACAUGCACGGCUAUUUUGACUGCAUGUUUGAUUCAGAUAAAGGCUGCAUUUCUUCUCUAAUGCCGGGAAUUAUUUCCAGCUUUAUUCGACCUCAAACAAGAUAACCUCAAGCUGGAGGAGACUGCUGUCUGUUUGACAGCCCUCAAGUGCAUCUUGAUUUUUUUUAUAUAUAUCUUCUGUAUGUAGGACUAAUUCUAAAUCCUAACUUAUUUUAUUUCGUCUACAAUCGCCGGAGCAACAUUUAAGUCUGUUUGUUAUAAUAAUAAUAGUUGCAAGUCUCGGACAGCUCGUCCUUUGCAAACUGAAUCCGGAUCGACGCCGCUUCGUUAAAACCCAAUAGCAGCGUCUACAUUGAACUUUUCUUUUUGUUCAACAUUUCAGACUCGGAUGCACACAGCGCCUGUAUGGGAGUGAAACUCUCCCACACGGAAGUGACUUACACACGUUAGGCCAGUGAUCGUUUGUGUAUUUCUAAGUGAAGUUGUAUUAACUUAAAAUGAUUCCUGACAAGGCACCAGGCGAGCAUGUGUUACAUGCUUCAGGGGACUUGAAGAAAGAAGCGCACAUCCCCAGCUUUGAGAAGUACAAAGAGCUCUACAUCAGAUCUGUCGAGUCUCCUGAGGAGUUCUGGGGAGAUGUUGCCAAAGAUUUUUUCUGGAAGACUAAAUACACCGGGAAGUUUCUGGACUACAAUUUCGACGUAACCAAGGGUGAAAUUUUCGUGAAAUGCAUGGAAGGUGCCACAACCAACAUCUGCUAUAAUGUUUUGGACCGCAACAUCUAUGAGAUGAAACUAGGUGACAAAGUGGCUUUUUACUGGGAGGGUAAUGAACCUGGAGAUGAAAAGACAGUGACAUACAGAGAACUGCUUCAGCAAGUCUGCAAGUUUGCCAAUGUUCUCAAGUCGCAAGGCGUGAAGAAAGGUGACCGUGUAUCUAUUUACAUGCCCAUGGUGGUGGAGCUGGUGGUGGCCAUGUUGGCCUGCGCUCGGAUUGGAGCGGUCCACUCUAUAGUGUUUGCCGGUUUCUCCGCUGAGUCAUUGUGUGAAAGGAUCAUGGACUCUCAAUGCUGUAUUCUUAUAACGGCAGAUGGCUUUUACCGCGGUGAUAAGCUGAUCAAUCUGAAGCUUAUAGCUGACGAGGCGCUACAGAAAUGCAGGGACAAGUCUUUCACAGUGGAGAAAUGUAUAAUGCUAAAACACCUCACAAAAGAAGAUGAGGCUUGGUCUGGGUCACUGUCGCCCCCAGCGAAACGCGCCUGCCCUGAUCUGCUGCAGGAGAAACAGAAAGAAAGAGUAAGGAAGGUCCGUCCCCCCCCACAGGUAUUUCAUGUCUCCUUUGUGCAUAACUCGUUUUAUUUAAACUCCUCCUGUCUUAUUAACACGGGUUUGUGUGCUCAUGGGCGGCUCUCUCGCUCUUUGGAUGGCUCGAGACUUUUAUUACUAUCCUCACAUUCUCACAGAACACAUUAUCACUCUGAUGAUGUGUACUGGUGCACUGCAGACAUUGGUUGGAUCACCGGUCACUCAUACAUCACAUAUGGGCCGUUGGCCAAUGGUGCGACCAGUGUGUUGUUUGAGGGUCUUCCCACAUACCCGGAUGUGAGCCGAAUGUGGGAGAUUGUUGAUAAAUAUCACAUCUCCAAGUUCUACACAGCACCCACCGCCAUCCGGCUCUUGAUGAAGUAUGGCAGCGAGCCCGUUCAGAAGUAUAAGCGGACCUCGCUGAAGAUUUUGGGGACCGUAGGGGAGCCCAUAAACCCAGAAGCCUGGCAGUGGUACUACAGUGUGGUGGGAGAGAAGAGAUGUCCGGUGGUGGACACCUUCUGGCAGACUGAGACGGGUGGGCAUGUGAUGACCCCUCUGCCGGCCGCUACUCCCAUGAAGCCUGGCUCUGCUACAUUUCCCUUUUUUGGGGUUGUACCUGCUAUUCUGAAUGAGUCAGGGGAGGAACUUGAAGGACCAAGUGAGGGCUAUCUGGUAUUUAAACAGCCUUGGCCAGGUGUGAUGAGAACUGUGUACGGGAACCAAGAAAGGUUCGAAACCACCUACUUCAAGAAAUUCCCUGGAUACUACGUGACUGGAGAUGGUUGUCGUAGAGAUAAGGACGGGUACUACUGGAUCACCGGAAGGAUAGAUGACAUGUUGAAUGUGUCUGGGCACUUACUAAGCACUGCAGAGGUGGAGUCGGCUUUGGUGGAGCAUGAAGCUGUGGCUGAGGCAGCGGUUGUGGGGCGGCCACACCCUGUUAAAGGCGAGAGUCUUUACUGUUUUGUCACCCUCAAUGACGGAAUCAACUACAACCAAAAGCUGGAGGGGGAGCUUAAAAAGCAAGUGAGAGAGAAGAUUGGUGCCAUAGCUACACCUGACUACAUUCAGAAUGCACCCAGCCUUCCAAAAACCAGAUCAGGUAAGAUUAUGCGUCGUGUCUUGCGGAAGAUAGCGUGUAAUGAGCGGGAUUUGGGUGAUGUGUCUACAUUAGCAGACAGCUCUGUCAUUGAACAACUGUUUGACAACCGCUGCUGUACUGCUGUGUGACCACCAGGGGCACCCAACACAACGCCACUGUCUGGCCCCCAUACCAGCUUCAGUUCUGGAGGGAAGAGGAUGAGUCUGAGCUAUAAUGGAGUUUAGGAUAAUGCUAGUGAGCAGACAGAACGAAAAAAAGCUUAGAAAUGUAUAAUUCCUACUGCAAUUCACCGACUUAAAGUAAUCUCUUGGAAAACCCAAGGUUUGGGUUUGGCAUAGAUUUUUAACUGCAUUUUUACAGGACCCAAUUGUAUGUUAGAAAACAUUGUCCCACAAUUUUAUUUUUAUUAUGUUUAUAAUUUCCUUCUCUUUCUCCAUGUCAGUUCAUUAAUCUUUAUAUGACUAUACUGUCCUGCUUUCAAUGUGCCAACAUAACCUCAAAACAGGUUUUUUUUUUUCAUUAUUUUUUCAGUACUAAAAUGGUAAAAUAAGUGUAUGUCAUGAUUUUGUUGUGUAAUAUGUAAUAGCGCUUUUUAAAAUCUCUCUGCUUUGGUUGAAGGUUUCAUUUGAACAUUUAAAGCUACACAUUGUAUAGAACUUUCUAUACAAGCCAAAACAUGCAUUAAUAUUUACCAGAAUAACAUGGUAUCAUGCAGGUGUCACCAAUGUUAAAACUGAACUAUGUAUAUUUUAUUCCUGGAACAGUUUGCAACUUUGUAAUAAAAGUUUGUGCGUGAACUGAUAUUAUAUUUCUUCAGGAAAGUUAUGAAAGAGCUAUGAUUGACUGCAUAAAGGCUGUAUGUUCAUUUAAAAAAAAAAAGCAUUUAACAGGAGUAAAUGACAUUUCUAAACAUGAUGGUGGUCUUCUUGUAGUACUGAUACUUAGACCCGUUCAGUGGGCUUUCCAUUUUAUCAAGUCAUAUUUCAAGUCGUAUUUUAUAUUGUGAAGGUAUCCUCUCAAGAAGCUUUUUCAUGAGAAAAGUGAUCAAAUUCCAGCCGUUAUAUGAGUGUACUGUGCUCUCAUGUGACUGAGACUAUAGUAACAGUAACUGUAUUUGUUACUAUUGUCAGAUUGAUUUCUUCCAGCUUGCCAUUAACUCGAGUUUUGGAUAUUUCAUAGCUCUUAAUGUGGAUGAGUAUUAGCUGUCAAUGCUUUUCUCAACCCUGUAAGCAUUCACUAGCCUGUAUGAUUAGCGACUGAACCUUUGAACUUAUUUUCCUUCUCACUCAUUUUCUUGUAAUCAUUUGAGCAGAGCAAUGUCUCAAACAGAGCUGGGUGAAUUCAA